CGUAUUAGGAUAUGCAAGAGAAUUAAAAAAGCAAUAACUGAAAAGUAAAUUUAAUACAACUCAUUGCGUCUAGCACACGUUGGCAAUUCAAUACUGAUAUUUUGAAUAGCCGCCUUGGUCCAUCAUCUCAAAACAUCCUUAUAAAUACAUGCAGUUUCAAUCCACACAUAUCUAAAAAACAAACUCAAACACAUUCUAAUCAAUCAACUUUGUCUCCUUCAAUCUUGACCAACAUGGCUAACUUCAUCUUGUUUUCGCUUCUCAUUGUUUCCCUCCCAUUCCUAGCAACCGCCGCACCUUGCGGUGGUUCAUGCGGAGACCUAAACGACUGUGACGGCCAACUUAUCUGCAUUAACGGCAAAUGCAACGAUGACCCCGACAUCGGAACCCACACUUGCGGCACCCCAUCCGGCCCUUCCGGUGGUGGUGGCGGUGGCUCCGGAUCCAUGUCGGCUGUAUUAACUCUCAAUGACUUUAGCGAAGGCGGUGACGGCGGUGGCCCAUCAGAAUGUGAUGGCAGGUACCACGCUAAUACCGAAAGAGUGGUCGCGCUUUCCACACGGUGGUACGCCGGCGGGUCGAGGUGUGGGAAGAUGAUCAGAAUCACGGCCAGAAAUGGAAGGACCACGACGGCGAAGGUGGUGGACGAGUGUGACUCGAACGAUGGUUGUGAGAAUAACAUCGUUGACGGUUCCGAUGCUGUGUGGAAAGCGUUAGGGCUCAAUGAAGACCUCGGACGAGUUCCGGUAUCCUGGUCGAUGGCAUAAUCUUCUUGUACACGCUAGGAAAAGACCAGUACUUAUUAAGUUGGUUUCUAAAUUAAUAAUGAAUAAAUUAAGUUUCUAAAAGUAAGGGUUUUGUGGGUAUCUGAUGAUCAUGAUGAAUUGAUGGUCCUUAUUUCCUAGGUUGGAACAAAAAUAAUGUAACAGAGAGUACGCUACUUGAGUUGAGAAACUAGGGAUUGGUUUUCCCGUUUAAAUAAAGAUUGCGUGGUGAAUAUAUUGUAACUACUGAACUUAAUUUGACUCCGUUUAUUUUCAAAUUUUGGUUUGUAUGAUCU